AUGGCGUCGAGCGCAGUUGACGCGGGUCCUGUGAACCAACGUCGAAAAGCUCUCUUUGCGGCAGUGUGCUCGAUCUGCGCCGAAACCGGCUUCUCAAGCGCAGAGCGAGCAGCAGUCGAGUCUCUGGUGGAGAUGCUUCAAAGCUGUCUCAUCGAGAUCGCUCGAAGCAGCAGGGCUUUCUGCGAGCUUUCUGGGAGGACCGAAGUCUUGUCUGGAGAUGUCUUUGUGGCCCUCAUCGAAAUGGGCAUCAACGUGGAGUCUUUGUGGAGCUUUGUCAAGCGUCCCAGCCGCAUUGCCCUGCCGACACCGGGCUUACAGGCACGAUCGUCAACACCGAAGAUUCUACAGGCUGGAGACAAGAAACCCCUGCCUCCACAUAUCCCCGAACACAUGGUGCCGUUUCCUGAUCCACAUGCCUACAUCCGGACACCAACUCACAAGCAGCCCGUGACGGAAUACGAAGCUAUCCGGGAGAAGCUGGCCAGCCAGAAGCGAGACGUGGAGCGCGCCCUGACCCGCUUUGUCGCCAAGACGGGCCCCACUCAGAGCCUCUUUGCCGACCAGUCAGCGCCGUUUCCUCUUAUAGCUUGCAAGCCUAUGGCCCAGCCGUACCUAGCAGCGCUGCUUCCCAAGGACCAGGUGUUCGAGCAGCAGGAAGAGGAACAGUCCAAGAGCAGUCCCGAGCGGCCACCUGAACUGGUCGACAACCCUUACUUGCGCUCGGUCAAGAUGCCGCGGAAGCGAAAGCGGUGACAGCUCAACGAGGCAGCAACAGCGUAUCUAUGCUCAGCUGAAAUCCAUCAAGAAGAGCAAGCUGGCUGCGAGGGAACUCUCUACAGAGCCGAGCAGGCUUAGAAGAUGUGUCAACUGCCAAAUGUUCACGUUGAGGAGAUCUAUGGCUUUUCAGUGUUGUCCGGCAGUCAAUCAGAACCUGUGGGUGGCAUCGUUCUUGGUUUUACUGGUUAUAGUUGGAAAAUCUUGUGCUUUGCAACGGAGUGCUGGUGAAGUGCUUCGCUGUCUUGGCAUAGUUAGUUGCCAAGGAUGGCAGACAAGAAAGGCUGAGUAAAACAGAGGUACAAAAGUGAUAGCUUUCCUGUUUGUGCAGUGUUCAUGUGGGUCACCAAAUAAGUAUUUUGAUGCAUGUUGUUUAAAGGACCAGGACUUGAAUUUACACAGUAUGAAGAAAAGACAUCGAAAGCAGCCAACCAGUUAAGUGCCAACAUCAUCUUGGUGGUGGUAGGUUGUGUACACGUGUUUCCUGUAGGCAGCUUUAGCGUGUUUUACAUCACAUGCCGUUCUCAGAGAGACUGCAAACAACUAGUUCAAAGGUCACCUAAAACAAACAAGUGACUGAUGUCCCAUUAUUGAACAGACUUUCAGAAUUUCGUAGCAGGACACUUGUGAUUUUCACUUGUGGGACUUUCACUUGUGUGACUUUCACUUGUGUGACUUUCAAGAGCAAACCUCAUAAGUGCGAAAAUGCACGCGACAGCGACGAGCGAUGCUACAAGCGACGAAACAGGGCGUUCGCGCGACGUGUCGCGUGCUCAUUUUCGCUCGAUCGCUCGGUUAUCCAGAUUUGGAAAUCGUCGCUCAUCGCCCGGAAGUGCUGGGCUCAAGCAGCCAAUAGCGAAAAACCGAAAAAGACAGACUACGUAGGUGCACGUGACGCUGCCCUAGUCACGUAUGCGCAACAAGAAAUAACGCAAUGUUUACACAUGUGCAUAUAAAAAAAGU